CAUCUAACACCAGAAGGAGGAGGAAAAAGAGCCUCUCUACAGAGAGGGUGAACAGAAAGAGGCUUCCUUUCCUUAACCUUUUCACGCCUUCAUUGCCUUAAUCGCUUCUCAGUUUUCUCUGAUAAAUUAACAAUCGCUCUCCUCUUCUUUCCUCUCUCUCUCUCUCUCUCACUUCUCAUAAAAAUCUCUGUUUUUCAGUCUCUGCUUUCUAUGCAUUUAAAGCACACAGUCUACGUGCCUCUCUUCUCAUUGACUCUUGGCAUUUUCAUCACCACCUCACUCUUUUUCUUUCUUUAAAUUCCCACCUCUUCCGUCCUAGAUUUUCUUGCUAGGAAAGAAAACAGAGCUUCACAGAUUCAACAAACAGGGGAACUAAAAAGAGAAGGCAGAGAAUCUUUUUUGUAUUCUGAUUUAUAUUUUUCCAUUUCUUUCUUUUUUUCUUGGGAUUUCCAUCAUGGGUUAUUGUAAACAACAAGAACAAGAACAAGAAAAGAUGAUGAAGCAAGUUUGGGUUCAUGGACCUAUCAUUGUAGGAGCUGGACCAUCUGGUUUAGCUACAGCAGCUUGCCUCUCUCAACAUGGAGUCCCUUCUUUGAUUCUUGAGAAAAGCGACUGCAUAGCUUCUCUUUGGCAACACAAAACAUAUGAUCGCCUCAAACUUCACCUUGCCAAAAACUUCUGCCAACUCCCACUUCUUGGUUUUCCUAGUAACUUCCCCAAGUACCCUACUAAACACCAAUUCAUCUCUUACUUGGAGUCCUAUGCUCUGCACUUCUCAAUCCAACCCAAGUUCAAACAAGCCGUGCAAAAAGCCGAAUUUGAUACCAUUACUGGUAUUUGGAGGGUACAAACUCAAGAUCAAGAGUACAAUAGCCGUUGGAUUAUUGUGGCCACUGGUGAAAAUGCCGAACCUGUAAUACCAGAGAUUGCUGGGAUGGAGAAGUUCAAUGGUCCGAUUAUACAUACCAGCGUGUACAAAUCUGGUUCUGAGUUCAAAAACCAGAACGUCUUGGUUGUUGGUUGUGGCAAUUCUGGCAUGGAAGUAAGCUUGGACCUCUGUAGGCACAGUGCAAUCCCCCACAUGGUUGUUCGAAACACAGUGCAUGUACUACCUAGAGAAAUGUUUGGCAUGUCAACGUUUGGAAUAGCCAUGGCACUUCUAAAGUGGUUCCCUUUAAAACUAGUUGACAAGUUUCUAUUACUAGUGGCUAGUUUCACUUUGGGCAACACUGACCAAUUAGGCCUCCGGCGACCCAAAACCGGCCCAAUUGAGCUCAAAAACGUUACUGGAAAGACCCCGGUACUCGACGUGGGAACAUUGUCUCAAAUAAAAUUAGGCAAAAUCAAGGUGACGGAAGGAGUGAAAGAGGUAACAAGAAAAAGGGUGAAAUUUAUGGAUGGACAAGAGAAGGAGUUUGAAUCUAUAAUACUAGCAACUGGGUACAAAAGCAAUGUGCCUACUUGGCUCAAGGGAUGUGAUUUCUUCACCAAAGAUGGUAUGCCUAAAACGCCGUUUCCAAAUGGAUGGAAGGGGGAGAAUGGAUUAUACACAGUUGGAUUCACUGGAAGAGGGCUCUUGGGAACGGCUUCUGACGCUGUUAAAAUUGCAAAACAUAUAGCUGAGCAGUGGAUGACAAACAAGGACUGCAAUAAAUCUUGUAAUUCCCAUGUUAUCCUACUUGAAAAAUCAUAGCUAGCAACAGUUGGGAGAAGGAUAAUAACAAUAAUAAUAAUAAUAAUAACAAUAAUAAUAAGAUUAGAAAAGAAAUAUUGGGUAAAUUUCAUAGGAGAGUUUCUUUACAUGGAAGAUUUUUUUUUAUUUUAUUUUAUCUUUAUCUUAUUAUAUUUUAUAGGUUUGGUAGGACUAAUUCUAAUGUUUUUUCCUCUUUGAGUCUUGUAAAU